UCACCCGUCGCCACUUCGAAUGCCGUUGUCGUGGGCUUCAGUUGUGCCUGGCGCUGAGUCGAUGUCGUUACUGUCGCCCCUGUGACUGAAACUGUGACUGUGACCCAAACUGUAACAGUGACUCUGGGCUUUGCCGUGUGUCGUGUGUUGUGAACGCAUUAACUAAUCGGAGAUUGAGAGCCUGCAGACUGCAGUGACCGCCAAAUUGGCUCGGUUAGAACCCCGAGAGUGUCGUUGUGCAUCCUGUCACUUUUUGUCGCGCCACCUCAAGGAUAAUAAGUGGUAACAUCAACAACAAGUACCAGUAACAGAAAUAACAAGCAAUAAUAACAACAAUAACAGAAACCGCAUUGAAUUGUGCGUCUCCGGUGGAAAAAGUUAAUCCACAGAUAUUCUCACACACAUACACAGACGCUGGUGUGUGUCGUGCUGCCGUGUCCUUUUGUGCCCAGUGGGUGUGCGUGUGUGUCCCAGUCAGUGUAUGUGCGUAAUGCGUAUGUAAUCCAAGCAAAUCUGUCACGUGUUUUGGAUAUCUUGCCUUCCUCUGGAGCAGCGGAAUUUAUUGAAAAAUCACACAAAGAUAAAUGCGCUAAGCAAACACAGCACAAAAAAGCGGAAAACAGACCAAAAUCCGAUCGGAAUCAGUAGGAGAGGGAUAGGGACUUGGAGCCGCAGACAGAUGUUGCUUUUCGCCCAGCGAGAGAGGGAGCAGUGAGUAUGGCCCAGAGCCAACGUUUAUUGAUGGUCACCGGUGGAAAAAUCACAUUUAAAGACAAAUGCCAAAUGGCAAGCGAAAUGAACUGACGCGAAAAGAAAUAUUAAACAAAUUAUGAACAGCAGCGCGAUUUCAGUGCAAUAAAAUUGGCCAUAAAAACUCCGGCUCUCCGUCACAGCUCGUCCCAAAACAAUAAAAGACAGCAGAAACGGAAAACUAUUAUUUGACAAACUGUCAGCGGAGGCAGUGGAAAGUAAAAUUGUGAACGUUUGCACAAAGACAAGGGAGAGUCUUCGCGUUUCCCGCCCCAUUCACGCAUCCACGUUGCGUAUACGCCGCGUCGGCAGUUCGACACAGAAUCCGGGGAGGUGUUAAAUGCGUUCGCAUAUCGCACCGCCCACACACCACCCCACUCAACGCCAGAUCCACCGCAUCCCGCAUCCAGCAAAAGCCAGUGAAAGUGCCGAGCUGUGCAUUAUUUCCGCGUAAGUGAACAUUCUCCCCCCGCGGGAGGGGAUGUACUCCUGGAAAAGUCGCCGUUGCAGUCGCACUCGCAGUCGAUCCGAAAUGCAAACACUGGAAUCGAGGACGCGGCUCCUCCAGCAAGGCGCCCAGCUGACGCAUCUGCUGCUCGGUGGCAUCCUCUGCCUGACAAUUGCAUCGCACACUCAGACGUCGGCAGAGGCGGCGGCUGCGACAGCGGCGUCAGGAUCCGCAGAAGGAGCAGCCCUUAUGGCAGGCUCCGCCAUCGGCCCCGAUGAGAGCAGCGACCCAUCAUCGUCGGCGACCGCAUUCUCCAGCCUGGCUCAAGUGUCGUCGCUCCUGCCGGAGGCAUCCGCCCUUUCGGCGUCAACCGGACUGGUGGAGCCGUAUCUGGAUGGCUACGCCACCUCCAAUGUGACGACUCAGAUCGGAACACAUGCGUAUCUGCCCUGUCGGGUCAAGCAGCUGGGAAACAAAUCCGUUUCCUGGAUUCGGCUUCGGGAUGGACACAUCUUGACCGUUGACAGAGCUGUCUUCAUAGCCGACCAGCGAUUCCUGGCCAUCAAGCAACCGGACAAGUACUGGACUCUGCAGAUAAAAUAUGUUCAGGCCCGAGACGCCGGAUCGUACGAGUGCCAGGUCUCCACAGAACCCAAAGUCAGCGCACGAGUCCAGCUGCAAGUUGUGGUUCCCCGCACGGAGAUCCUGGGCGACCCGGAUCGCUACGUGAAGGCGGGCAGCAACGUGGUCCUCCGCUGCAUCGUCCGCGGCGCCCUGGAGCCGCCCACGUUUAUCAUGUGGUACCACGGGGCCGAGCAGUUGGCCGCCGACUCCAGACGCCACCGCAUUCAGCUGGAUCCAAAUCUACCGGAGGCCACCGGCGACGGACUGAGCACGAUUGGCUCAUUAAUCAUCGAGUCGGCCAAGAAGCGCGAUACUGGCAAUUACACAUGUAGCCCGUCGAAUAGCCCCAGUGCGACCGUAACGCUGAACAUAAUAAAUGGCGAAUCAUCGGCCUCGGCGGUCACUUCAGCGGCAGCCACCACCCGGGCCUAUGCCCUCUGCGUCCUGGCCCUCCUUCUGAGCGUUAUCCUGAUUGGAGUGGGCCAUCGAACAUGACAUGUCGCAGCGCGGAAGCCAAACUGAAGCAUCACAGGAGCAAGGACUUUGCCCACAACUCUGCCAAUGGAAAAUAUAUAAAAAUUGUUAGACGAAAAUAGGAAAAGCAAACCAUAAAACAGAUAGAAAAAGCGAAACAGAAAUGGAAGCGGAAACGGAAGUAAAACACAAAAACCCAAAAUGGAGAUUAAACGAAGUAAACGUAUUAAUCGAGUGCAUGUUGUAAGCUAGUUGAUUUUAUCCACUAACUAAUAACCAAUACGUAUAGAGGAUAAGUCCAUAAUCCCCGGAUUACUCCCCUACAGUUUCCCCUUAAAGAAAAUAUAAAGAAUAAGAUCCCUAGCCCUGCUAAUUGUAAGUUCUACCAGCUCUAAGCGACCUAGCCUGUAAGUCCUUAGUGUAAGGCAAACCCCUGAUUUUUGUUGUGCAGUUUUAGUUUCGGUUUUUGGUAUAUAGAGAGAGGCUUUGUUUUGCGGCAAAUACUGAGUGAGUUUGCAUAAAUGCAUAACCGUAAAUAUUUAUGCAGUUCGAUGUGAAAUUGCAUCGAUAUCCUGAACCCAUUCGGAUCGCAUGAGCGAAUCACUGGGGCGAGAAGUGCCGAGUGGGAGGAGGAGGGAGUGUUCUGCCAUCAAACGAAUGCAUUUUCGGAAAAAUUCAACUCGAAUGCAUUUGCAUGGCAAUUUGAGUCUGGAAAAAUAUUUUCUGUCUCCUUCCUAUGUGGCAACAUGCUGAACUUUUCAAUUAGCCGUAUUUCACUCACCCCCACCCCCGGUCACACUCCGGCACACUCCCUGGACAAUUUUUGGAAUAUUUAUUAUUUUUAGCAAAUACUGGCCACUAGACGUUGACCUCGUUUUUGUUGGAAAUCGAAUAAAUUUACUCAUAACUGCAUACCCUCGAAGAGGCCGUCCCAAAGAUCAGAAACAACCAUUUUUAUUUUCUCUUUGUCUUUAUGUUCAAGGAGUUGAGUUCGAAUUAUGCUGUGAGGACAGAGAAGAAACUCCCACAAACUAUAAACUGUCUGAUUUUUGUGCGACAUUUAAUGCAAACAUUUGCAUGGCCAAUUUAUGGAACUCUAUUUUAUGUGCUCUUAUCUCACGAACAAGCUCGAAACAUGCGGCAAAAACCAAAAUUCAUAAAGUAAAUAAUUGCAUAAGGAACAACAAAAAAUUAUAGAAAAUACAAACAUGCAUUGAUCGAAAUGGACAGCCAGAAGGACAAUGCAGGCAGGACAGGGGAGAAAAGCAAACAAAAACAAUUUAAUUGAUAACGAAAGUAAAUUUAUUGGAUUGAGCGGACUGACUCGCGAACUGUAUAUAACUCUAUUGCGAAAUUGUUCAACAAAAAUGUAAAUUAAUUGAAUAUACAAAUAAUAUAAAUGGCAGAAUCCAACCAGAGACGUACUCCAAACACUAAUGAAUUGCAUUUAAACGAUACAAAUAAAUAAAUAUAUAUAUACAUAUAUGCAUAAAUAAAUCGCGGGCAAAGGAAAACAAAGGCAGUCAAAGAAAUAAAUAAACCGAAAUCAAACGGACAGAAUGUAAACACACAUGGACAGAAUGUGUGUGUUUGCAGCCCCAAGCCCGCAGGCCCAUCCGGCUCGUAUUUAUUAUGCACUUAAUGUCCUUUUUAAUUACACUCACACAUACAAAUACACGCGUGCACUCCACUAUCCACGGAAAAUCCCAUAAAAAUUGUCUGAAAUUAAUUAAAGUCGACCGUCGUCCCUGCUUGACGUCUACGUGAAAGUUGAGGAGGCUGGAUGCGGCGACUUAAUUGCAAUUAGGAGCAUGCCACACGCACCUCCCGCUAGUCCAGUCGCGAACUCCAACAAUGCCAUCAAAGAGGCAUUAAUUAUGCGUGUGUGAUUGCUCGAAGGCAACCCGAUCCGUUGUCACACCCUGCGUAUACUUGAUGCGCUCGACCUUUGAGCGUUUAACAAAUUGAACUCGGCCAAGGCAACCGCAAGCCGCUGGAAGAGCAAACAUCCCCGAUGCGAGAACGGAAAAACACACGGAAAUAAAUUUCUGUGGUCAGUGUAUCGAGCGGGAUGGUGGUGGUUCCUGGUGAGAAUUAACCCGGAUUCUUUUCACGGGUGUCGACAAUUAACACAUUACCGUUUGCAUGCAUCAAAUGCUUGCGGUCUGCGGUUUACCGCCUUUGAAUCACCACCCACAGACUGGCAGAAGGCCCGCGUAUCUGAUACUUAACUUUCAACCAUUAUUUUACCGCCAAAAUGCCACCAACAGCCCAUUGGACAGCCAAUAAAAACUGAAUGUUUACCACACUAAAUACGAAUCUGAAUACGAAACUUUGUUAGAUGUAAGCUGCAAGUCGUAUAUGACCAUAGCGAGUAAUAUACGAAUCAAAAUCAAAAUACAUUUCUAAGCUAUUAAGUGUUUUUCAUCAUCAUCGUCUCGAUUAACGUAUAGAUGGAUUAUGUACGUGUAAUUAUCAAAAGACCCUAAACUAUUUGUAAAUAAUACGCAUUACGCAACGUCCUCCCAAACCGAAGCAGGAAUAGCAAAAAAAAAAUAUAUAUAUAUAUUCGAAGGUGUGGGCGUCACAUUUUAAAUACAGACACUCGAAAACACGCGUACUCCAUGAUAUAGCAAAGUUUAUUGUUAAGUACCGACUAAUACGAAAUACUUACACAUACAUAUGUAAACGAAACUAAGAACUAUGUGAAACUUUAACUGACAAAUUUAUUGCAUUACAUACAAUAAAAUAAUAAAAACGGUA